GGAAGGCAGGAGGAAGGCAGGAGGAAGGCAGGGAUGCUGCUCCCCCCGCCCUGAGGGGCUCGGCGGCACCAUGGGCGCUCGGGCGCUGCGGGGCCGCUGCGCUGCCAUCGCCCUGCUGGCCCUCAUCUGCGACGCCCUGGGGCUCCUCAUCCUCCUCCUGGGCAUCCUGGCUCCCCUCAGCUCCUGGGACUUCUUCGUGUACGGGGGCGCCCUGCUGCUGGCCUUCAGCCUCGUCUUCUGGGUCUUCUGGUACACCUUCAACAUCGAGGUGCCCCUCGGGGAGCUGCAGAGCGGCUGAGCCGGGGCCACGGCGGCAGCUUGGGCUCGUCUGCCCCGGAGGAGCAGCUGGGAAGACCCAGAGCAUCGCUCAGCUGGUGAAGAGCACCCAAAAGAGAUGGAAGGGAAGGGCCUGCUGGUCCUCACAGCGCCCAGCAGCCAGAUGGAGCCUCGGGGGAAAGGGAGAGAAGGAAGGACAGGAGCAGAUGUCAGGAGUGAGCAGAUGAAGAGGAGCAGCUCCACACGAGGACUCUGCUGUGCUGCUCUUGCACAGGCAGCACUGAGAGCACAGAAGGAGCUGUGUCACUCUGCUGUGCUCAGGACAGCCCCAGAAGGAUGGACACCCCCUGUGCACCCUCUGCAAUCAGUUUGCACUCACGCCCUGCCCGCUGCUGGCUCAGAGGGCCCAGCACCAGCAGCCUGCUGGCAGCAGAGCCUCCUGCCUCUGUCCUGACCAGGGACCACAGAGCCACAGCACCAGGUGACAGCUCUGCCACCCCUCCUGCAGGAGUGUGAUGGCCCAGCAGGGCUCACACCUGCACACACAGCCCAGCUGCAGCUGGGGGAGCAGCUGGGACCUGCUCUGUGCAGCGAUGGCAGAGACAGAACAAAAUCCAGCAGCACAGAGCAUUCCCUGAGCAAGAUGCAGCUGCUGGAGGCGUCUGGGCUGUUCCAGCCAAGGUCCCAGGCACUCCCUAAGGGCAUUUCAGGAAAUACUCAGAAGACCUCAGUCCAAAGAGCUGCUGGAGCUGAGCAGAGCUGCAAAGGCCAGGAGAGAUUCGGUGCUUCAGCUGCCAAACCAGGGGUGGUUCAAAACCAUGGGCUCACUCCAAAUCCAGCCCUCAGGGCAAAGGAGGUGAGGAGAUCUCCUGGUCUCCAACAUCUCCAUCCUCCUGUGCUCCUGAGGCAGAGUUCAGCUGACCACAAAGACACUUGUGUAGGAUGGAAGCAUUUAUAACACUAUCAAAUAUAGAACACCUAUCAAAUAAAUAACACCUAUCAAAUAUAGAAUACCUAUCAAAUAUAGAACACCUGUUAAAUAAAUAACACCUAUCA